CAGCGGGUGCAGUCAGCUGAUCCUCAUUCAAGGCUCUGGGACCUGAGGGCCUUCUGGCCAAACCCAGCCUGCCCCCUUUGGCAGAGAAGAAGAGAGCUCUGUUGCAGGCCAGUCUUCUUGAGGAAGGACCGAAAGGGCUGCCAGAGCCUCCUUUGCACAUGAGGCUACUGGUGUCUCAUUGAUAAAAGAAAAAUACCAUUUCCCCUCCAUGAUGAAAUUACACCACACAUUUUUGCACAGAGAGGCUCCUGUUCUAAAACGCUCCUUUCCUUGGUCGGGUGACUGAGGUGAUUCCUGGUUGGGCUGGGCGUUGCCUUCUGCAGAUAUUAAUAAGAGUUGUUUGGUUCAGGUCGAGCAAGUCCUGGGUGGCCACGGCGGGCGGGGCCCAGGCAGCAAAGCAAGGUGAAGGCGAAUACAGGUACAGCGCACGGGGCGCGAGUCUCCUCCAAGAGCUGCAGUACUUCUAUUUCUUGCAUCGGGUGGCUCCGUGUUUAAUCUGCACCGACAGACGCGGAAGGCUGCUAUUUUGCCAGCAACGGCUCUCCGAAGUUUCCGGGCAUCCUGGCGCUUUCGCCCGCCUCUUUUAGUCAAUUCACCCCCGGUCCCGGAGGGCGUUGGGAGGCGGCCUACGCGCCUCGAGCGGGGCCCGGCUUCCCACGGGGUCCCUGCUCUCUCUCUCUCUCGCCUUCCUGGCCAGAGGCGUCGCCUAUGCCGGUUCCCCCGAACCUUCCCCGGAGGGGGGCGGCCACCCCGCCUUCCCACCCGCAGGGGCGGCGAAAGGCUGUCCGCAGCGGAGGCAGAGCUCCUCGGCGCAGGGCACGCCUCUUCCGGCUUCCCGGGCCGCCGGCCGGGCAGGUGAGGCUGGGCCCCAAAAGAUGGGGCUGGAACGGAAGAAGCCCGGCGGAGCGGCCGCGCUGCCUCUUCUGCUCUUGGCGGUCGCCAGAGUCCACCUGCUGGAGAUCCAGGCCGCUGCCCAGGUUCGCGCGUUUGUGGGCGAGCCGGUGACCCUUAAGUGCUGGUUCAAAUCCUCCGCUCCAGUCUCCGAGAAGCUCACCGUCGACUGGACCUACCGGCCUCUCGCAGGGGGCAACUUGGAACCGGUCCUCCACUACCAGUCCAUUGCCUACCCAGCCAAGAGAGGGAGCUUCCGGGAUAGAGUUUCUUGGGCUGGCGAUGUGACCAAGUGGGACGCCUCAAUUAUGAUCUGGAACCCAACCCUGGAGGAUAACGGGACAUUCACCUGUUCUGUGAAGAACCCCCCUGAUGUGCAGCACAACAUUCCCCAAACCCUGCUGACAGUCAGUCAGAGAGGUGCCUCCUUCCAGCUGACCUCAUCCGGACUGCUUUCCAUCCUGGUCUUUCUUCCCUCUGGCAUCGUGGUGGUUCUGCUGCUGGUUCGAAUGAAUCAGAAAUCCAGGCUGAUGAAAGCAAGGAGGCAGCUUGGUUACAAAAAGUCCUCCAUUGAAGUCUCAGAAGAACCUGAGCAAAGAGGCUGCAGGGAGCGGCUGGUUAGCUGUUGUUUGCAGUGCCUGGACACCGACGAGGAGGAGGAACCGUACUGACACACACACACAGAGAGAAAGAGGCCUUGGCAGCGCCACCAAGAUCCAGCUCAGAAAGUCUUUGCUUAGAGUAAAAUGACCGGAUUUCUUUCCAGUCUAGGAAUUAGCCUGAUUUAAUAUUUUCUCUUUUCUUGCCUUUCUCUUGCCCUGUGAAUAGGCCUGGAAAAGGGGCAGUGGAGGGUCUAUCUGGCAGCCAGGCUCUUGGUGGCUGCUCCUCCUCCUCCUCCUCCUCCUCCUCCUCCUCCUUCUUCUUCAUGAGCUUCUGGCUCAUGAAAUGUGAGUACAGUCCCAAGCUCUUCCCUAGGAUCUUUGUCCUGAGAAACCACCCAUGUAGUUGGUGAGGGUGAAGAAUAACUUAGAGACACAGGAUUGGGCUCUUUGUGGUUUCCCCUGCAGGCACUGAAUGUUGGCCACUUCAGUCUGGCCAUUGCUGGAUACAAGCCCAUGUCUACAGCAGCUGCAAGGCUCCUCCAUAUAUUUCUGGAUCUGGGCCUCCUGUGGAAAGAGGGCCAAGCCUCCUGAGCCUCCAGCUGGUUGUGUGGAGCUCUGUGGCCUUAAUGUGGAAAUGCGUGAACCGGCUGAAGCUAAAUGUUCAGACUGUCCCCAACUCUAACAGUUGGGAAAUCUGGCCUUGGGGCCUUCGCCUGCAGAUCCACCCUCCCUCCCUUUCCUUCCUUGGUCUGCUUUCCUGUGCAGAAAGCUGCUCCUUUCACAACCAAUAAAAUGCCUUGGGCCAACUCCA